AUGAACUAUGAACACUUUCAUUCCAUUCAAUUCCCGCUGGUGGUAACUCCAACUUGUUUUCGCAACUAUGGACUCUGUCCUAAAAAUUGUUCGGCAGGGUUCCACUGUUACGAUGGUGAUAUACAAGGACUUUUAUACCACCUAUGCAUUUCGGACUUUAAAAGUCAUAAACUUUAUUUCUAUCCAACAUCAACUUUCGCUUUACAGCUGCCUUUAAUAGCUGUACAGGAAUUACCGGUAAAAAAGAUUAUACUAGUACUAAGCUUGUUAGAGCAACUUAAAUUCCGGCUUGAUAUUAAGGAUCAACAUGAAGGUCGGACAGUAUUCCUCGAAGCUUGCAGCCGGUUAAUGAAAAGGGAUAAACAAUACGCGGCUGAAUUCCCUAGUCUAGUCGAUUGGUUUCUUGGUAAUACAAAGUUUAAUAUAAAUGAGAGAGACAAUGAAGGUUGGACUUCGUUACAUUUUAUUAUGGAACUUAAGCACGAGGAAUUCAUAAUUCCCAUUUUGAAGAAACUUCUUCAACAUGGUGCGGAUCCAAGUAUUGAAGAUUAUAACGGAUUCAAUCCGCUUGGAUACGCAGUCUAUAGACAUGAAUUACGAUUCAUUCAAUGCUUAAUCGAAAAUAUACCGGAAUUUCAACAUGGUGAUAUCAUAAAAAGAGCCAUUUCCAAAGCUGGCGUGUUCAGUGCAAAAAGGCACUACUUACGUACAUGGUUGCAACCACAACCUAAAGCAUGA